CGCCCCUAGCAGUCCGGCGCCUUCAACUCAACCUCAGCUAACGAACCCUCUGCGCGCAUUUCAUUUGGAUUUAACGAAGCUCCUUCCUGACAGGCGCCGUCACAUUCCUGGCCAGCCCCGACCUUCAACCCUCCAAUACAUUCCUCUGCCCUCUCCAACCCCCACCUUCCUUCGCUUGGGCCGACGAUCCCUUUAAAGAUCCCCCCUCCCUUCCUGCCCUCCCCGUCCUACUCUCGGCAACCCUCCUUCCCCUUCGCGCCAUUCCUAUCUACCGCGAAGGGAACCCACCAAAAUGGCUUCUCCAAGCCCACCAACAAACGCUGCAGACCGUCCGCGUCUAACAGAGGCCCAGAAGAAGGAGAACCACAUCCGCUCCGAGCAGAAGCGUCGCGAAGCAAUCCGCGAGGGCUUUGACAGGCUUGCUUCAAUUGUGCCAGGCAUGGAGGGACAGGGACGGAGUGAGGCUGUUGUGCUAGAAGCUACUAUCAAGUACAUGAGGGAGCAGAUCACGGAGAGACAACGGCUUAUUAGGGAAGCUAAAGCCAACGGAAUAAAUACCACUGGGUGGGAGCUUCCCACGGAGACAGUUGAAGCCUGCGAGGCACAGCUAAAGAGGAACCAGGAAGGCCUGUAAUUGUGGCCUGGAGGCAAUCGCGCUUCUGCAACUUGCUUUUGGGUACUGGAAGGUCCGACGGGUCGGGUUCAAAUUUAGCAGAUAGAAGGAUAUCAGAGUAUGGGCACUGAUACAAUGCUCAGAAAACACUAAAUAUAGCGCAAAAUCACUCCCAGUUCAUACCCUUAGCCUGUAUAUAUUCUUACGCAGCAUAUUAUCAAAUACCACAAAACUUAACCCAGG